AUGGGGGAGGACGCCGGCGAUGGCUACGGCACGCCACCGGCCGCGCUUGCGGCCAUCGUCGUCAAGGGCAAGCGCAGCAAGCGGCGCCGCGUGCACGCGGCCGCCGAGGCCGAGGUGACCGCGGUCACCACGGCCAGCGCCGCGGGAGAGGUGGCGUCGUCCUCCUCCUCGGUGGCGGACGGUGGCGGGUGGCGGUCUGGCGCGGACGAGGCGGCCUCCGGGUGCGUCACCGAGGAGGAGGAGGACAUGGCGCUCUGCCUCAUGCUCCUCGCGCGCGGCGGUGGCGGCCAGGGAAGCCGGGCCGGGCCGUCGUCCUCCUCCUCGUCGGUGGUGGUGAGGGACGACGUCGCGGUGGCCACGGCGAGGGAGGGCAAGUUCCGGAGCCGGCGCCCGGCGGACGGCGGCGAGGGGGAGUUCGUGUACGAGUGCCGGACGUGCGGCAAGUGCUUCCCGUCCUUCCAGGCGCUCGGCGGGCACCGCACCAGCCACAAGAAGCCGCGCCUCCCGCUUCCGCUCCCGCCCACCACGGCCACGACGGCGUCGUCCGAGGAGAAGAUGAAGCUGCCGCCGCAGGCCGCCGAGGAGAAGACGCCACCGCCGUCGCCGGCCGCUGCCGUUGAUCGGACGGUGCUGGCGAUCCCGGUCCCGGCGACGCCGCCCAAGCAAGAAGCUACGGCGACCGGCGUGUCGUCCAAGCAGCAGGGGCAGGGGAGGGUGCACGAGUGCUCCAUCUGCGGCGCGGAGUUCGGGUCCGGGCAGGCGCUGGGCGGGCACAUGCGGCGGCACCGCCCGCUCCUGCCGGCGUCGGCGUCCGUCUCUUCCACGGACGACGUGGCGGCGGUGCUGGUGAUCAGGAAGGAGAAGAGCCUCCUGGAGCUGGAUCUCAACAUGCCGGCGCCCUGCGACGACGCCGCGACCGCGACAUCGCCGGGCUCCUUCACGUUCGCCGUGAAGGAGCGGCCGUCUGUGCCGGCGGCGCUGCUGCCGUUCCGGGCGCCGGCGUCGGCCCUGGUGGACUGCCAUUUCUAG